AGGUUGGCUGGCCAAUGUUUGUGUACUUGGUGUUGCGCGCCGCAGCUAAUGACCUUGGUAGCAUACGCCGUCGUGCAUAAUCGGCGAGGAGCACAAAGGUUAUCUCGGUUUAAUCGGGUUCCUAUUUCGAGGACGGCGUGGCCCGUGGCCCGUGGCCCGCGGCUUGAAUGCUGGUACGCAUCCUGCUGACAGCUUCUGUCCUUUCAUUCCACCACAAGAGCAAAAUAAGAUACUGAAGAUUUCUCUAAGCUGUGCGGUAUUCAGCAGCUUGCAUGCCAUCCUACCUGCCAAUUUCCCUUCAAGACAUUUCACCAAGUCAUGCCAAUCAGUCGGCGGGACGUCGAAACCUACCGCCGCGAUGAGAAGUUUGGCCAUAAGUUGCUUACUCCGGAGGAGCGGAGGAAGCUUUUAAAGCCAUAUCUGCCGCCGCCGAAGCGCGCGCAGCCAAGUAGAGAGGCGAGCAAAUCGAGAUUUGGCCUUCGCCGCUUCAUGCGCAGCCAACUGCAUAUUCUCGUCUACAUCAUCAUUCAUGCCGUCUUCUCGCUAUACAUUCGGACUCGCCAGGCAUACCACGCUGUCACUGACAGGAUAUACUCCGUCCUCUACUACCACCACCGGACGCCAGAGUUGAUCGAGCGCGAUGUGAAGGGACUGAGCAGACUGCCUCAGCAUCUGAGUGUCAUUCUGGAGUUAGAAGAUAAUGGCCGGGGCGGUGCGGAGCUGGAACGACUGGUCAACGAGGCCGCAGAUAUAUCGGCGUGGUGCGCCAGCGCCGGCAUUCCUCGACUUUCCAUCUAUGAGAAGACGGGUGUCCUCAAGGCCUACCUCCCCGAGACCCACCGGGCUAUCACCCAGAAACUGGCCGCCUACUUUGGUCCGAACUCCCCGGCUUUGGCGGUGCAUGCUCCGCAUACACCGUCCGUUGAAUCAGGUUCUUCUCCGCCCGCGGCUCAUAUCAACACCCCCGACUCGAAACACCUAUCGGUGAUGCUUCUGGCUGCAGAGGAUGGGCGGGACUCCAUUGUGGACCUCACCAAGACCCUGGCAGAGAUGGCGCAACGAUCUAAGAUAUUCCCCGCCGACAUCAGCUUGGAGUUAGUGGACGCUGAGCUGAGUGAGAGCGUGAUGGGCGAGCCCGACCUUCUUAUCCUCUUCGGGCCCCACAUUGAGUUGUCGGGCUAUCCCCCUUGGCAGAUUCGUCUCACCGAGAUCUUCCACGUCCCGGACAACCAAGGCGUUGGGUACCAGGUGUUCUACCGCGCCUUGUGCAAUUUUGCAAGGGCGCAAAUGCGCCUUGGGAGAUAGACUGGGAUAGAACCCCCUAUGUAUAGCAUGAUUCACGUCACCCGUAGUGCUGGCUAGAUAUACCUUCUCAGAACCUCAACCAUUGUGUCUCACUGGCUGGUUCAUUUGCCAAACUUCCCGGCUCUGUAAGUGUAUUAGGCAUCUUUUAACCCUACUUUUGACCAAAGUUUCCCCAUAAGCGAUUCUCCCUCUGUCCUUCUCGUUCCAGCUGGUGAGA